AUGGAUGGCUUUCACCAUUUCUUAUGGCCUCUUCCAUUCCAAAAAGACUUUGUGCAAAACAAAGUACCUCAACCGAAUAUUCUUUUGAAUCAUGCACGGUUUAAUUCUAGACCACUCAUGGAACUGAUGCCAGAAACAACGAAAUAUGUUACAAUCUUGAGACAUCCAGCAACGCAGUUUACUUCGCUAUUCAAGUUUAUGGACUUUGGUGGACUGAUUGGUGCAAAGGGAAAUCAUAAAUCUAUUUCCUUGGACUAUUUCCUGGAUAACGCUUUUCGAAUACUUAAAACCCUACACCAGCAUAACUCACAGAUACUUAUUGACAACCCAAGUCUAUAUCUUUUGCGUAAUCCUCAACUCUUUGAUCUUGGAUUUGACCAGUCAUUUUCUGAGAACGAAAGUCAUAUUCGUGAAACAAUUGCUAGAAUUUCUAAUACAUUUCAUUUGGCUCUCAUCAUGGAAUACUUCGAUGAAUCUCUUGUUCUCUUGAAAAGAAAGAUGUGCUGGAGUCUCGAAGAUGUUGUUUACUUCAAACUUAACAAACAAAUAGGAAUGAACGAACCGCAUUGGAACCCAGGGAUUCGGAGUAAAAUCAUGCAGUGGACUAAAGCCGAUGUGCUGCUGUAUGAAUAUUUCAAUAAAUCGCUGUGGAAUGAAAUAAAAAAUGAAGGAGUAAGCUUUUGGGAAGAAGUUGCAUUGCUACGAAAAAAGAAUAGAGAACUAAGUAAAACGUGCCUGCGAGUGGGUGUAUUUAUUGACAGGCCGUACAAAGGUUCAACUGCCAUAAUAUAUGGCUAUUCCCUCAAAACAAACAUUUCCAUUGCAUUUAAAUUAUCGUGCAAACGAAUGGUACGCUCCGAAAUUAAAUAUAUUCAAUAUUUUAGGACUAUUUAUCACAGAUUCUAA